AUGGCCCUGAAGCGAGCCGUGCUCGGCCUGCUGCCCGCCUGCUGUGCCCGCUUCCUCUGGAGCCAGCCCGACCAGCUCUGCCUCAGCAAGUUCUUCCUGGGCGCAGGCGUUGGGGGCUUCCUGGCCCUGGGCCUCUCCCAGCUCCUCAUCUUCCCCAUGAGCCUCGACGAGGGUCACAAGAUCGAGCUGAUGUACGGGCUGGCAGGUGUCAGUGCCCUGGGCUGGGGCAUCUCCCCGCACUUCCGCUGCGCCAGCCUCCUGGUCGCCCCCAAGUUCCUGGGCAAGGAGGGGCGGAUCUACCUGCUCACCUACGUCCUGGCUGCCGUCUAUGACGGCCCCAUCGCCAACAUGCGGCACAACCUGGACGAGGUGAUCCGCUCCAUGGGCUGCACCGUGGAGCUGCAGAUCAACCACAGCCGGCAGAUCUGGAGGGUGUCCACGGCCCCCCUGCGUGCCGUGCUGCGCGACAUGGUGAAGGGCGGGCAGACCCUCAAUGCGGAGACCCGGAACGUCUCGCAGGCGUUCGCGGGGCUGAACGAGCAGGUGGCCAGCGAGGCGGGGUACGGCGUGAGGCGCCCGCGCCGGGCACAGGGGCACCGCGCCCCCAGCACACAGCAGCUGUACGAGCAGAAAACCAAACUGCGCUGCAAAUACGUGAUUGACCAGGCGAUCGGGCGUUGCCAGGCCUGGUUCGACGCCAAGCACAAGGCCUGUCUGCGGCGCGUUGCGGUGCCCCUCAUCAGCCACCUGCUCUGCCUGCCCAUGAAGUUCAAGUUCCUCUGCCACAUGGUGCAGGUGAUGCACGCCUGGUGCAGGGACAAGAUCCCCGUGGAGGGCAACUUCGGCCAAACCUACGACAAGGUGAACGGCUCCGUGGCCGGCAUCAGCCAGGACUUCAGCGCCCAGCUGGUCGUCAAGCACGAGGCCCAGGACACGCUGGUGGGCGUGAACGUGUCCCGGGAGCGGCUCACCGAGGAGGUGACCUCGCACGUGCGUCAGCAGAGCGUGCGGCUGGGCCAGGCCAUCUCCGUGCUGCGCCUGCUGCUCUCCUGCACCUUCCUCUUCGUCUUCAUCUCGUGA